GCUCUAACCGGUACAUCUCGAAAGCGUUCAUAGGAGAAAGAGCCAUUUCUCCCCUACUCUUACACCUGAAAUAGCCAUAUAAACCUCCGUACUAUAAUUCAUAGAUCUCCCACCUCCGUUUAACUUGAUCUUGAUUUUCGAAAGGGAACAGCUGGUAACGGCAGUCGGGUGUUCGACGGUGUAACGUUCGGACAUCGUGGAAAUCGAGUUGCACGGAAAUGCGUAUUAACCCCACUGUCAAUGCUGCCACAUCCGCGAGACCGUUUAAGGAUUCGAUAAUCGAUCAUCCGUGAUCGUGUCUGCCGGCAGUUCGUUUAGAGCGACCACUGCAACGUUUCGAGUCCUGCUGCGAACGGAUAACGGAAUACGCUUCUAUCGAUUCGCGCGAAAAGUCGCCGGUCCAAAACGGGUCACACGCGAAACGUGCUACGACGGAAAAAGAUUUCGACACGUUUGACAGCGCAGUUUAAGUAGCUCGUGUUUCCUGUCAUCGCUCUAAUCAGCAGCUGCAUCCGGAAAAUUCUGCCAUUCGAUUGUUUCGGACCUCGUUAGAGUUUUGAUACUCGUAGAUUUCGUGAACGUUGAAGAUGCCAGACCAGGCGAUUAUUGUCAGGAACGCCAGAAAGCAAUAUGGCGGCGGACAUGUGGUGCUGAACGAUAUAAAUCUGAAUGUGCCACGAGGAUGCAUAUACGGACUGCUGGGUGCCAGCGGGUGCGGAAAGACCACCCUGCUCUCUUGCAUAGUUGGAGUUAAGAAACUGGACGCUGGGGACAUUUUGGUGCUCGGUGGGAGACCGGGGAACAAAGAUUCCGGAAUCCCAGGACCCCGCGUUGGUUACAUGCCGCAGGAUAUUUCGCUAGUCGACGAAUUUUCCGUGAUCGGUGCGCUCUACUUCUUCGGCAAGAUCAAUGGCUUGGACAAAGACACCAUUGACGAGAGAUACAUAUUCCUGAAGGAUCUUCUCCAGCUACCACCACAGGAUCGUCUAGUGAAGAACAUGAGCGGAGGUCAGCAAAGGAGAGUAUCCUUCGCAGCAGCCCUGCUGCACAAACCAGAACUGCUGAUCCUCGAUGAACCCACCGUAGGGUUAGAUCCGGUGUUAAGGGACAACAUCUGGAAUCACUUGGUGAAAAUUACGCAGGAGAAGCAAGUGACGGUUAUCAUAACAACGCAUUACAUCGAAGAAGCGAAACAGGCUAAUAAGAUCGGAUUACUCAGAAACGGUCAACUGUUGUCCGAAUCGUCACCGAACGAGUUGCUAGAGGAAUGGCACACCGAUUCCUUGGAAGAAGCUUUCUUGAACUUGAGUCAAUUACAAGUUCAAAAUCAGUUAGAUAGACGUGCAUCCAACGUCACGCAUAAUGCCAUCGCCAUGGAUUCACACAGCAGUUACACAUCCAAGACGAUGCAAUUGAGAAGCAGCUGGAAGAAGAGGUGCGAGGCGCUGCUGCUGAAGAAUUUCUAUCAGUUCGUGCGUCAUCCAGGAGGAAUACUGUUCUCUUUCGUCCUACCGAUAAUGCAAGUGAUACUAUUCUUCAACUCCAUCGGUCUCGAUCCGAAGAAUCUGAAAAUCUCCGUCGUGAACGAGGAAGCUGGGAAUUGCAACAACGGAAGGAACUUCGGCAACGUCAGUUACAACUACGACGACUUCACUUGCAAUUUCUCCGAUCUGAGUUGCAGAUUUCUGUCGGAGAUCAACGACAGCUUUCUGAGGAAGGUGUACUACGACAGCUUCGAAGAAGCGUUGAACCUCGCUCAGAAGGAUAGAAGCGUCGCGAUCAUGCAUUUCAGGAGGAAUUUUUCCCACGCUUCGCAAGCGAGACUGGACGAUUAUCUAUCGCUGUCUGAAGAGGACAUCGUGAGCGGCCAAAUAGAAGUUACGAUACAAACUGCAGACAGGCAAAUCAGUAUAUACCUGCAGAAGAAGUUGUACGACUUCUUCUUCGAGAAGUACGACACGAUCAUGAAGCAGUGUAAAAUCAGACCGAAAUUUGCUAAGAUACCGGUGAAUUUCGAGGAGCCAAUAUUUGGUAAGAGGGAUCAGAACUUCGUGUCGUUCGCUGCACCGAUUUUCAUCUUGCUGGUGCUUUUUGUGCAAACAACGUCGCUUUGUUCAAGCAUAAUUAUUACCGAUCGACAUUCUGGUGUCUGGGAUCGACUCUGCGUGCAAGGUGUCACCACUACGGAAAUUAUAGCCACCCAUCUGGCAACGCAAGUGUUCCUGACUAUUUUGCAAACCGCGGUUGCAAUGAUAAUAUACUUUUCAUUAUCGGACUCGGAGUGCAAAGGAUCGAUAAUCACCGUCAUAUUAAUGUCGUUACUAAGUGGACUGUGUGGGGUGUGUUACGGUUUUACGAUAUCCGUGGUGUGCACUUCGCACACUCUUGUUAAUUAUGCGUCGGUCGGAAGUUUCUACCCGCUGGUCCUUCUGAGUGGAUAUGUUUGGCCAGUGGAAGGAAUGCCGAAGCUACUGCGAUGGAUCAGUUUAGCCUUGCCUAUAACGAAGCCAGGAAUCUCGAUGAGGGAUAUAGUGGAGAAAGGAUCGUCGAUCGAUCAACCGGAAGUGUAUCUAGGAUUCAUAGUAAUGGCAACGUGGAUUAUAUGUUUGGUGACGUUUUGCGUGAUCUACUUAAAAGCGAAGUCGACGUAAUGGAAGGACAAAAGUGCAAUAGUGAAAAAGGUUUCACAGGGUCGCAUCCUAAAGUACCUAACUGCGUAGUUAUAUUCGUUGGAACGUUACGAUAAUCGAGGAAAACACAUGUGUAAUUUAAUUUAGACUCUGACAAGACAACUUGCGAGUUGCUUUUGUGAUAAAUGUUGCCUGUAUGUUUAAGCUCUAACACGUAGGUGUAAGGUCCAGUCAGCGUGCUGUCGUUAAUAAAUACCGGUAAUUGUUUUUUCACUCGAAUGAUCAAUUUUCAAUGAUAUUAACAUGUGGUGCUAAUCGAUAUUUUUGCUUGAAAGAGAGCAGAUCUGAUCGAUGCAGUUUACAAUGUAGGGCAUGUUAAUUUUCACUGUGAUAGUGUAAAUAAAU